AUGAUUGCUGUUGCGUCACCAUUUCUUUGUAAAAUGGAAAAUAAGCGCAUCUGCGAUGAAAAAGCAAUAUUACUUAUAAUAAGUCUGUGGGUGUUCUUCAUUUACGCUUCUGGAACAAACUUGUUUAUUUUAGUAUUAGAACGCUAUGUCGCCGUCGUGAAACCUUUGAAAUACUUGACUUUUCUGAAGCGCCGCCGAGUCAUUCAAAUGGUUCUUACCUCUUAGGGAAUUGCUUUUCUUUUUCCUUUGACUGUAUCGCUGCGAUCGAUUGGAUUCAACUAAACUGAUCAUAUCAGGACUAUCACCGGCUACUUUUAUUUGCUUUUCGAGGCAUAACUUUAAUCUUUUGUGUUGCAUCGAUGUUUCGUGUUGUUUACUGGCAGAAUUCUUAAGAUCGCUUUUUAAUUUUGCAGUUGCAGUUUAAUCAACGGGUCGUUAGUGGUAAAACUCGGAAUAUGUCAGCAGAAAAAGAGUAG